AUGUCUUCUCAGACCCAGGACACCGCGCCCAAGAUCCUCUCAUUCCAUGCGUGGACUGUGGCUAAUUACCAUACUGGCCGAGAAGGCCCAAGCGACUGCAGCAUAGACGACGACAACAUCGAUGAAAAGCUGGAAAGAGAUAUCUUGGGAUACAAGUCAUACCUCUCUGAGAAUGGGACCCAAGCAAAAAUGAAUCAAUUCCAUGAACUCUACACCAAUAUCAGAGGCAGACCUUACCAGCUCGCACCUCCAACACAAGAGUUACAAGACAGGGUAGCAAACCUGUCAACUGAACAGCCUAGCCUGUGCGGACCUAUCUCUUUCAGCAGGUAUGAAGAGAUCAAGACCUUGGCGUACUCUCAGACUUGGACAGCAUCUAUGGCACAUCGAGAGGCACAUGCCGAGGCCGACAGGAGAGAACUAUACGGGUUACCACGAAACUGGGACACUAUCAAUGGAGCCGAUGAACGUGAUCCACGGACGAUUAGAAUAAUCCUCGAGUCUGUGAUAGCCAAAGCUGAGAGAGAAUGUUCAGAAGUGGUACGAGUUGAAGUCCUUGACAUGUGUAGGCCGCACAGACGGGUCCUGAGAGCCGCCGUUGCAACAGAAUCGCAACUUACGGAAGCCCAGAUAAAUUUCAUUGACCCGGUCGUGUGUGGCGCUAGUCGUAUCAUGGAUCAAUAUCAAUUGGACCUUAGGCCUGCCGAGCCUGAUCAGCCUCUAAAAGAAUGGGAGUGGAUGGUGCUAGCUAGUGAGGCUGAGCGUGAUUGGCAAGAGGAGCAUGACAGAAAUGUUACCCAACAGGAAUGGCUGGAGGAGCUAAGAGUGAGAUUGGCGCAACGAAUUGAGGAAGAUGACAAGUUGGAUGAGGAGCUUGAAGAUGAAAAUGGUCGCAUUCGAACUUUCGGCCAUAAGGUAUGGGGGAACCUCAUUGACCACUACUAUGUAAGUCACUCUUCCAGGAGUGGUAUUGAGCUCGAUCAAUUCGGCGAUCCUAUCGUCGCCAAUGAGGUGGAGGACAAUGACGAUCACCACCGGCUCGACGCGGACGAUUCAGACGAUGACUCCUCUUUAGGCGACUUUUGUGAUGAAGUUACAAGUGAUUGCGGGUGCGAUCUUUAUUAA